GCCAAUUACAAAUGAAAGCAGUAUUGCAGCCAAUGGAAGCAUCAUGCAGCCUCAAGCCCAUUGUGAUUGAUACAAAUACAGAGGAUCAUUUUGAGCUGAGCCAGAUACACACUGUGCCACAACUGAGAGGGUUAACUCACAGGAAUGCAAAGUGCUGUUUGUCUCUGGGGAAAGAGAACUUUCUGUUUCAUUUCUUGUUCAGUCCCCGUUCUGCUCUCAGCGAUGGCGGCUGCUGAUCUGAGAGACGAGCUGAGCUGCUCCAUCUGCCUGAGCAUUUAUACUGAUCCGGUAAUGCUGCCCUGUGGCCAUAACUUCUGCCGGGGCUGCGUUGGCAGUGUGAUGGAUGCCCAGGAGGGAUUGGGGGCUUAUUCCUGCCCUGAAUGCAGAGCCGAGUAUCAGGAGCGCCCCGCCCUGCCCAGGAACAGAACUCUGGGGAACAUAGCAGCGCGGUUCUGUCCGACUGAGCCGGAGCCGGGGGAGACUGGGAUUCCCUGCACCUACUGUGUCCUCUCCCCUGUACCCGCUGUUAAAUCCUGUCUGCACUGUGAGGCUUCUCUGUGUGAUACCCACCUGCGGGGGCACAGCCAGUCAGCAGAACAUGUACUCACUGAGCCCACCGCUUCCUUUAUGGGGAGAAAAUGUUCUGUACAUCACAAGGUUCUGGAGUAUUACUGCUGUGAGGAUUCUGCCUGUAUCUGUGUGUCCUGCUGCCUGGCCGGGGGGCACCGGGGCCACAGGGUGGAGCUGCUGAGUGAGGCCUCUGAGAAGAAGAAAGAGAAACUGAGGAAAGUUCUGGAGAAACUGAGCCCAGAGAGAGAGGAGACUGAGAGAGGAGCCCAGAGGCUGCAGGAGCGCAGGAGAGAAGUGGCAGAAGCGGCAGCCGGUGAGACAGAGAGAGUCACUGCCCUGUUUAGGGGCAUCAGGGAAGAGCUGGAAGCCCUAGAGAAGCGACUCCUGAGUGACAUCUCCAGGCAGAAAGAGGAGAUCUCACUCCCACUCACUGAGCUGAUCCAACAGCUGGAAAUAAAGAAGGAUGAGCUGUCCAGGAAGAUCCGGCACAUUGAGGAGCUGUGCAACAUGGCAGAUCCACUCACUGUCCUACAGGAACAAUGGGAAUCCCAUGGGGCUGCCUUUUAUACUGAGGGCAGAGAGAGAGAGGGUAUAAAGGUCCCGGCUGUAGGGGAUCUGGAUGUGGGUCAGAUCUCAGAGACAUUACUCACAGGCUUAGCUGGGAUUGUGACUGGGGUAAAGGGAAGGAUCUAUGGGCAGGAGGCUACAGACCUGGUACUGGAUAUAAACACGGCUCAUAAUCGUGUAUCUGUAUCAGGGGACAGGAAAUCUGCUUCCUACUCACUAACAGAACUACAUUACCCACAAUCCCCAGAGAGAUUUAGGGAUUAUGCUCAGGCUUUAAGCAGCAGGAGUUUCCCCUCAGGGCGACAUUACUGGGAAGUGGAGGGCAGUGAAUCAGGGUACUGGGAGGUAGGGGCGGCCUAUCCCAGUAUAGAGAGGGGAGGGUGGCAGUCUGGUAUUGGGAAUAAUAACAAGUCCUGGUGUUUGCGCAGAGGGAAUAAUAACAGAUAUGAAGUUGGACAUGACAGUAAAUGCACAGACUUACCCCACGUCCCUUCCUGCAGGAGAAUCAGGAUCUGGUUGGACUAUGAGGCCGGACGCCUGUCCUUUUAUGAGCUGAGUGAGCCAAUCAGGCGCUUACACACCUUCACUGCCUCCUUCACUGAGCCCCUUCAUGCUGCAUUCUAUCUUUUUGGUAAUGGUUCCUGGGUUAGAAUCCUUAAAUAAGUCCCUGCCCAGGGCUGGGGUCAAUCUAUGUCUCCACUGAUCAGACUGGGCACAUACACAUAUUGUGACAUACUGAAGUACUAUCCCCUACUAACCUUCCCGAUAAGGGGAGCAGGAUGCCCAAGUUAAUUAGCCUCAUGUUCUCUCCCCUUUGAGAUGAGCUAUAACAGAUAUGGGCUACCUAUUGUUAGACUUGUACUACAGGUAGGAUGUAUCCGGCCCUAAUACUGCAUUACUGCUAAAGGUGAACAGUCUCAAACCUCUAACAGUGGACAAAGAAACCCUUCUCACCACCCAGCUUCCCUUUAUAGACUUCAGGCCUGCUCUUUUUCUAAAAA